AUGGAAUUUUUAAAAAGUUUUGACUCGGAUGACGACGUAGAAUUCGUCGAGACAUUCUUCAAUGUUGUGCAACACGUUCACGCCGAAGAAAGUUCGAAUGCAGCGCGUACAAGGACGGUCGUCAAUCGUGAUCGCCAAGCCGCACACGACUUAUUGGUACGUGAUUACUUUGCCGAUAAUUGUCUUUAUAAUGACGACUCGUUCGAACGUCGUUUUCGUCUGAAUAAGGCUAUAUUUUUACGUAUUAGUAAUGCUUUAGAAUAUCGUUAUGAUUUUUUCAAACAAAAACCCGACGCUAGAGGAAGAAUGGGUUUUAGUAGUAUACAAAAAUGUGCGGCUGCUCUUAGGUAUUUGGGAUACGGUAUAGCAUUUGAUGCAUCUGACGAAUACUUGAAAAUAUCCGAGAGGACCGCGGUUGAAUGUGUAGAUUGGUUUUCUGCAUGUGUUUAUGAGAGAUUAUAUUCGGCUCAUGAAGAGAGGCAUGGAUUUCCCGGUAUGCUUGGCAAUCUAGAUUGUACGCAUGUGGCUUGGGAAAAAUGUCCAACUGCAUGGCGUGGUCAGUUCACUCGAGGAGAUAUAGGUGAACCAACUAUCAUCCUAGAAGUUGUUGCAUCUCAAGAUUUGUGGAUAUGGCAUGCCUUUUUUGGAGUAGCGGGGUCUAACAACGACCUUAAUGUUCUUGGUCAGUCUCCACUUUUCAACGAUAUUUGGACCGGCAAAACACCUGAUAUGACGUUCACGGUAAACGGGCACGCGUACAAAUAUGGUUACUACCUUGGUGAUGGGAUAUACCCGGAUUAUUCUACAUUGAUGAAGGCAUACUCAGUUCCUCGAAGUGAAAAAGCAAAGUUGUUUACAAAAAAACAGGAAUCAGCGAGAAAGGAUAUCGAGAGGGCAUUUGGAGUCCUUAAGCAAACAUGGCAUGUAGUGAAAUAUGCUACACGACUUUGGGAUAAAGAAAGAAUUAAGCGAAUGGUCCUAGCAUGUAUUAUAAUGCAUAAUAUGAUUAUUGAAAAUGAAGGUCGAGCGAUUUGCACGUAUGAUCCGAACGACGUUGUCGUUCCAAUUGAGGAGUUCGUACCCGGAACGAAUGCUUUUUUGGAGCGAGUUGUCGAAAUCCAUAACAGUGAAACGUGUUUCAAUCUUCGAGAAGAUGUCGCAGAACAUUUGUACCAACAUAGCAUGAAUGACAAUUAG